AUUAGACCGUUUUCGAGUCGGUCCAUACUAUAGUACCACUUCCUCUUAAGGUGUUUUCCUCCAGCAGAGAAAACCCUCAAACUCGCGUUUUGAAAUCGGAGCAGAUGGCGAAAAACUCGAGAGCGAAAUCCUCGUCGGAGGAGCCAUUAUCGGACGGUUCCGAGGAGGAGCAAGUCAACGAUCAAGUCAACGAUGAAGAAGACGAGGAGGAGCUUGAAGCCGUUGAUAGGUCUGCCGAUGACUCCGAAGAAGACGACGAUGCUCCUGCAUCCAACAGAGCCGACAGCGAAGACGACGAUAAUGAGGAAGAUGCUGCAGCUAAUGAGAUCUCAAAGCGUGAAAAAGCAAGGUUAAAAGAGAUGCAGAGGCGUAAGAAGCAAAAGAUACAAGAUAUGUUGGAUGCACAGAAUGCUGCCAUAGAAGCUGAUAUGAAUAACAAGGGAAAGGGGCGUCUGAAGUAUCUUUUGGAGCAAACAGAGUUGUUUGCACAUUUUGCAAAAACUGACCAGUCUACUCCAGAAAAGAAGGCAAAAGGAAGGGGUCGUCAUGCGUCAAAGAUGACUGAAGAGGAAGAAGAUGAAGAGUAUCUCAAAGAAGAAGAGGGUGGGCUUGGAAAUACACGGCUAGUGGCUCAGCCCUCUUGUAUUCAAGGAAAGAUGAGGGAUUAUCAACUUGCUGGUUUGAACUGGAUGAUACGGCUAUAUGAGAAUGGCAUAAAUGGGAUACUUGCUGAUGAAAUGGGUCUUGGUAAGACUUUGCAAACCAUCUCCUUGAUGGGGUAUCUGCAUGAGUUUAGAGGCAUUACUGGUCCUCACAUGGUUGUUGCGCCGAAGUCGACGCUUGGCAAUUGGAUGAAUGAAAUCAAACGUUUUUGUCCUAUUUUGCGUGCUGUAAAGUUCCUUGGAAACCCCGAAGAAAGGAGAUACAUCCGAGAGGAGUUACUUGUUGCUGGGAAGUUCGAUGUGUGUGUCACAAGUUUUGAGAUGGCCAUCAAAGAGAAAUCUGCUUUACGUCGCUUUAGUUGGCGUUACAUCAUCAUUGAUGAGGCUCAUAGAAUCAAGAAUGAAAAUUCUCUUCUUUCCAAAACCAUGAGGCUCUACAAUACUAAUUAUAGGCUGUUGAUCACAGGGACACCGCUUCAGAAUAAUCUUCAUGAGCUCUGGGCGCUUCUGAACUUUUUGCUGCCCGAGAUCUUUAGCUCGGCCGAGACAUUUGAUGAGUGGUUUCAAAUAUCUGGUGAGAAUGACCAGCAGGAGGUGGUCCAGCAGCUUCAUAAGGUCCUUCGUCCAUUUCUUCUUCGGAGACUAAAGUCUGAUGUUGAGAAAGGUCUGCCUCCAAAGAAGGAAACAAUUCUUAAGGUUGGUAUGUCCCAGAUGCAGAAACACUACUAUAGGGCUCUGUUGCAGAAAGAUCUUGAGGUUGUUAAUUCUGGAGGAGAGCGCAAGCGUCUUCUUAAUAUAGCAAUGCAGCUCCGAAAAUGUUGUAAUCAUCCAUAUCUUUUCCAAGGAGCUGAGCCAGGACCUCCAUAUACAACAGGAGAGCAUCUCAUAGAAAAUGCUGGCAAAAUGGUUCUUCUAGAUAAGUUGCUUCCUAAGCUGAAGGAACGUGGCUCAAGGGUUUUAAUAUUUUCACAGAUGACACGGCUAUUGGAUAUCCUCGAAGACUACCUGAUGUACCGUGGUCACCAAUAUUGUCGGAUUGAUGGAAACACUGGUGGAGAAGAUCGUGAUGCUUCUAUUGAGGCAUUUAACAGUCCAGGGAGUGAAAAAUUUUGCUUCUUAUUGUCAACCAGAGCUGGCGGUCUUGGUAUCAAUCUUGCUACAGCAGAUAUUGUUAUUCUUUAUGACAGUGACUGGAAUCCACAGGUUGACUUACAGGCGCAGGACCGUGCCCAUAGGAUUGGACAGAAGAAGGAAGUCCAAGUAUUCCGCUUCUGCACUGAGUACACAAUUGAGGAAAAGGUGAUUGAAAGGGCUUAUAAAAAGCUGGCACUUGAUGCAUUGGUUAUCCAGCAGGGACGGCUGGCUGAACAAAAAACUGUUAAUAAGGAUGAGCUGCUGCAGAUGGUGCGGUUUGGUGCUGAAAUGGUUUUCAGUUCCAAAGAUAGUACUAUUACAGAUGAGGAUAUCGAUAGAAUCAUUGCCAAAGGAGAAGAGGCAACAGCAGAACUUGAUGCCAAGAUGAAGAAGUUUACAGAAGAUGCCAUCAAGUUUAAGAUGGAUGACACUGCUGACUUGUAUGACUUUGAUGACGAAAAGGAUGAAAACAAGGCGGAUUUCAAGAAAAUUGCCAGUGAAAAUUGGAUAGAACCUCCAAAAAGAGAGAGAAAGCGCAAUUACUCAGAGUCUGAAUACUUCAAGCAAACCAUGCGACAAAGUGGUCCUGCAAGACCUAAAGAGCCCAGGAUUCCUAGGAUGCCUCAGUUGCACGACUUUCAGUUCUUUAAUACCCAGAGACUAAGUGAGCUGUACGAGAAGGAAGUGCGUUAUCUCAUGCAAACACACCAGAAGAACCAAUUAAAAGACACAAUAGAAGUGGAAGAGCCUGAAGAUGUUGGAGAGCCUUUAACUGCUGAGGAACAGGAAGAAAAGGAGAAACUGUUGGGGGAGGGUUUUUCAACAUGGAGUAGGAGAGACUUCAAUACUUUUAUCAGGGCAUGUGAGAAGUAUGGUCGGAAUGACGUAAAAAGUAUUGCUGCUGAAAUGGAAGGAAAGACAGAGGAGGAGGUUGAAAGAUAUGCAAAAGUUUUCAAAGAAAGAUACAAAGAGUUAAAUGAUUAUGAUAGGAUUAUAAAGAAUAUCGAAAGAGGAGAGGCUAGAAUUUCAAGGAAGGAUGAGAUCAUGAAAGCAAUUGGGAAAAAGUUGGACCGCUACAAGAAUCCAUGGUUGGAGUUGAAGAUCCAGUAUGGUCAGAACAAAGGGAAAUUGUAUAAUGAGGAGUGUGAUCGCUUCAUGUUAUGUAUGGUUCACAAGCUCGGCUAUGGGAACUGGGAUGAGCUGAAGGCUGCAUUCCGCACGUCACCUUUGUUUCGGUUUGAUUGGUUUGUGAAGUCUCGAACCACUCAAGAACUUGCCAGAAGAUGUGAUGCACUUAUUCGGUUGGUGGAGAGGGAAAACCAAGAGUUUGAUGAGAGGGAGAGGCAGGCACGCAAAGAAAAGAAACUUGCAAAGAACAUGACACCAACAAAGCGCACUUUGGCAAGACAGGCAACUGAAAGCUCUCCUACCUUGAAGAAGCGGAAGCAGUCAUCAAUGGAUGACUAUGUGAGCUCGGGUAAGAGGAAGAAAUGAUCUUAGCUUAGACAGCCUUCUCGUAUUGUGGUUUAGAUCCUCUAGUAUUUUUUUAACCAGGUUGGUCAAUCCGAUGCUCUCUAGCUGCAAUGUUGAGGGUAUUGUCAUUCUGUCUGGUGCAGAGGAGAAUCAGAGUAUUCAGAUAUGAUGUGUUAGUCCAUUGUACAUAAUUCAAAUAUACAAUUCCAUUAACGCUAGUCUUAUCACUGUGGCUGAACAUUAUAUGUAAUGAAAAUCAACUUACUAAUUCAUUGUUCUUGCCUGUCUGCUA